UAGCUGGCCCGGCCCCACCCCCUGCCGCCUGCCCCUGCGCUGCCCAGUGGCCAGGAGAUGAUGAAGAGGCCGGCCAGGCAGAGGAAAGGGAGGAAGAGGGCCCCGGCCUAAGGCAUCAAUCGGCAGAAGCCCAGGAGGAGGCACAGACCCCCGACAUCCCUCCAGGCCGGGAUGGGGCAGCAGUUCAGCUGGGAGGAGGCGGAGGCGGCCGGCGAGAUGGACGUGGCCGAGCUCCAGGAGUGGUACAAGAAGUUCGUGGUGGAGUGCCCCAGCGGCUCUCUCUUCAUGCACGAGUUUAAGCGCUUCUUCAAGGUCACAGGCAACGAGGAGGCCACCCAGUACGUAGAAGGCAUGUUCCGAGCCUUCGACAAGAAUGGGGACAACACCAUCGACUUCUUGGAGUAUGUGGCCGCCCUGAACCUCGUGCUGAGGGGCACCCUGGAACACAAGCUGAAGUGGACCUUCAAGAUCUAUGACAAGGACCGCAACGGCUGCAUCGACCGCCUGGAGCUGCUCGACAUUGUGGAGGCGAUCUACAAGCUGAAGAAAGCCUGCAGGGUGGAGGAGGAGGCCGAGCAGCAAGGACAGCUGCUCACACCCGAGGAGGUGGUGGACAGGAUCUUCCUUCUGGUGGAUGAGAACGGAGAUGGCCAGCUGUCUCUGAAUGAGUUCAUUGAAGGUGCCCGUCGUGACAAGUGGGUGAUGAAGAUGCUCCAGAUGGACAUGAACCCCGGUGGCUGGAUCUCUCAGCAGAGGCGGAAAAGCGCCAUGUUCUGAGGGGUCUGGGGUCUUGGGGAGUCCAUAGGCCCCUCCAAGACUCCGGGUUCACCAGGUUUCCAGAGUAGUGGGAGGGGCCCUGGCUCAGCCUGUGUAUGCUCACUCUUAU